AUGGCAGCGCGUCGAUUUUUUUAUGAAAAUAAGUUAAUAAAUUUUCAUAAAAAUCACAUCAAACUGUUUGCUGUUUUCAUGAAAACGGCAAAUUUGUUGCAAAAUGCCAAUGUUCUGAAACGGUCCCUCUAA